ACGAUACUUAAUAGCUACAACGAGCAGAAAGUAAGAAGUAUGGUAAAACAAGACCGAAUAUUAGGCACAAAAAAAAGUAUGGCAAACACAUUACACAGGAUUAUGCGAAUGACCAGAGAAUGUGACAAUCCAACAGCAUAUAGAACAAAUAUGGCAUCUGCUAUGGUCAGGGAGGCCUUAACACAAGUAAUCGAUGAGCUUGUAGCAAAGUUUGUCACAAUUCCAGGCGUGGAUGGAAAAGUGAUAUCUCAUCUGUCCCUCAAUACGUUAUUUACAAGUGCUAGUUUGAAUUCCUUGGCGAGUAAAACAGAAUGUUAUACUCCAAAAGCUAAUAAUUGCGACAGAAAUUCUGUGUAUAGAACGAUCGAUGGCAAGUGCAAUAACCUCAACAAUCCAUUGUUUGGUUCCGCCUCGACUGCACUUACUCGCUUCUUGCCAGCACAAUAUUUCGAUCUCGAUGGACUGAAUGAUCCUAUCGGAUUACCAGGCCAAGUUAAUGUCCCAGAUAUUCCAGCAACAUUCAAAGUAGUUCGUGAUUUCAUUGUAAAUCAGGAGAAAUAUCAGGAGCUAAACACUCAGUUCUCUCAUAUGUUCAUGCAAUAUGGACAAUUUUUAGACCACGAUCUAGAUCUGUCACCAGAAAUUGAGAAUUCUGACAGAUGCAUGAACACAAGGUGUGAUGGAUCAAAAGGCGAUUUUGUUGAGCCAUGUUACACAAUUCUACCACUGGAACCCUGUUACAGGUGUAUACAUUUUUCACGUUCGGCGACUGUUUGUCCCAUUGAUGGGAAUGGUAGAAUAACCAAACGACAACAAAUCAACGUGAAUACAGCAUUUGUGGAUGGUUCACAGAUUUAUGGCUCCGAUGAAAAGCUUGCGAAAAGCUUGAGAGAUUUGAAAAAUGGUAAAGGAUUGCUCAGAACAGGAACUCGUGUUCAGAAUUUUGGUGAUUUUUUGCCUGACAAUGAUUGCAGGCUCACGUUCCCAUCUGAUUUGUGUCGGCUGUUAGGCGGAUGUUUUCUUGCUGGUGAUGGUCGUACUAGUGAACAGAUGGCCCUCGCUUGCAUGCACACACUAUUUCUGCGAGAACACAACCGAAUUGCUGAGGAAUUAGGAAGACUUAACCCCAGCUGGAAUGGAGAUAAAAUCUACAAUGAAACAAGAAAAAUAGUCGGUGCUGUGUUGCAAAAAAUUACCUACGAAGAUUUUUUACCUAUUAUUAUUGGCGACAGUCUUCCAACAUAUAACCAAUAUGAUCCCAGCGUUAACCCGGGAAUUUUAAAUUCUUUUGCUACAGCUGCAUUUAGAUUUGGACACAGCUUAAUAAGACCAACAUUUGAUAGAUUAGAUAAAGGUUUUAAUCCGACGGGUAAACCUAUUCUUUUACGUGAGAUGUUUUUCAACAAUACGUUUAUAAGAAAAAACGACAUCGAUCAAUUACUACUUGGCCUACUUGGAAACGAGUCACAAAUUGUCGACCGUAAGAUUGCCAAUGGAAUAUUAAACCAUUUGUUUGAACGUCCAAAUUCGCCUGGUUUGAAUCUUGCUGCAUUGAAUAUCCAGCGUGGCAGAGAUCACGGCUUGCCAGGUUACAACGCAUUCAGAGGUAGAUGUUCUUUGAAGAAUGCAAAUUCGUUUCAAGACACAGCAAAUGAAAUCCGUAACCCCCGUAACAGAAAGCUUUUAUCGCAGUUGUAUAAGGACGAUCCAGAUCUUGCUGAUUUAUGGGUAGCGGGUCUAGCAGAAGCUCCUAUUUCUGGUGGAACUGUCGGAGAAACGUUUGCAUGUAUUAUUCGCGAACAAAUGAGAAGGGUAAGAGAUGGGGACAGGUUUUUUUACAUGAACAAUGUGUUUUCAAACCAACAGUUGCAAGAAAUAAGAAAAGCGAGUCUGUCAAAGAUUAUGUGCGAUAAUUUGAAAAACAUCGUCUCCGUGCAACCAAAUGCUUUUAUGGCUGGUUCACAACGAAAAGAAUGUAGCCAAAUACCUGGUAUUGACCUCAGCGCGUGGAAAGGGAAGACUGUGACGUCCUGUGCUACGAAAACCUCUGAUGGUCGUUGUUGUGUUUUUCCAUUUACUUAUAAGAACAAGAAGUAUACAUCAUGUAAACAAAGUGACGUUUAUGCAUACAGUAAAUGGUGUGCAACUUCGAGCACAUAUGUUAGUGGCAAUAAUUGGGGAUAUUGUCAAGUGAAGCCCUGUGCUACGAAAACCUUUAUCUUUGAUGGUCGUUGUUGUGUUUUUCCGUUUACUUAUAAGAACAAGAAGUAUACUUCAUGUAAACAAAGUGACAUUUAUGCAAACAGAAAAUGGUGUGCAACUUCGAGCACAUAUGUUAGUGGCAAUAAUUGGGGAUAUUGUCAAGCCACUGGUUGAUAUUCGUAUACUUUGAUACUAAAACAUGAAGAAUUUGUUCCGGGAAGAAAAAUUAUAAAACAGAAGAAAGAUGAAUUGUUAGAAAGAAUAGAACUAAUGAUUAUGAUCCUUAUACAAUAUAAUUAUUUGUACUGUUUUGUUAAACAGAUGUCUAAUAUAUAUAUGGAAACAUCUGUUAUAUAUG